AUGCACAACUUCCCCAAUGCAGUCAAGAUAAAAGAGCGUCUCUCAGAGAAACACCGCAGGUCUCAGAGAAACACCGCAGGUCUCUCUCCGACCAGCAACCCUCAGAGAAACACCGCAGGUCUCAGAGAAACACCACAGGUCUCAGAGAAACACCACAGGUCUCAGAGAAACACCGCAGGUCUCAGAGAAACACCACAGGUCUCAGAGAAACACCGCAGGUCUCUCUCCGACCAGCAACCCUCAGAGAAAGUUUGCAGGUCUCAGAAAAACAGGCAGGUCUGCAGGUCUAAGAGAAACACCGCAGGUCUCAGAGAAACAGAGGUCUCAGAGAAACACCACAGGUCUCAGAGACCAGCAACCCUCAGAGAAACACCGCAGGUCUCUCCGACCAGCAGGUCUCAGAGAAACACCGCAGGUCUCAGAGAAACACCGCAGGUCUCAGAGAAACACCAGCAACCCUCAGAGAAACACCGCAGGUCUCAGAGAAACACCGCAGGUCUCACUCCGACCAGCAACCUCAGAGAAACACCGCAGGUCUCAGCAACCCUCAAAGAAACACUGCAGGUCUCAGAGAAACACCACAGGUCUCAGAGAAACACCACAGGUCUAAGAGAAACACCGCAGUCUCUCUCCGAAACCAGCAACCCUCAGAGAAACACCGCAGGUCUCAGAAAAACACGAGCAGGUCUCAGAGAAACACAGCAGGUCUCAGAGAAACACCGCAGGUCUCAGAGAAACACCGCAGGUCUCUCUCCGACCAGCAACCCUCAGAGAAACACCGCAGGUCUCAGAAAAACACCGCAGGUCCCUCUCCGACCAGUAACCCUCAGAGAAACACCGCAGGUCUCAGAGAAACACAGCAGGUCUCAGAGAAACCAGCAACCCUCAGAGAAACACCGCAGGUCUCUCUCUGACCAGCAACCUCAGAGAAACACCGCAGGUCUCUCUCCGACCAGCAACCCAGAGAAACACCGCAGGUCCUCUCCGACCAGCAACCCUCAGAGAAACACCGCAGGUCUCAGAGAAACACCGCAGGUCCCUCUCCGACCAGUAACCCUCAGAGAAACAGCAGAAACAGAGAAACACAGCAGGUCUCUCUCCGACCAGCAACCCUCAGAGAAACACCGCAGGUCUCUCUCUGACCAGCAACCCUCAGAGAAACACCGCAGGUCUCUCUCCGACCAGCAACCCUUAGAGAAACACCGCAGGUCUCUCUCCGACCAGCAACCCUCAGAGAAACACCGCAGGUCUCUCUCCGACCAGCAACCCUCAGAGAAACACCGCAGGUCUCUCUCCGACCAGCAACCCUCAGAGAAACACCGCAGUCUCUCUCCGACAAGCAACCCUCAGAGAAACACCGCAGGUCUCUCUCCGACCAGCAACCCUCAGAGAAACACCGCAGGUCUCUCUCCGACCAGCAACCCUCAAAGAAACACUGCAGGUCUCAGAAAAACACCGCAGGUCUCAGAGAAACAUUGCAGAUCUAAGAGAAACACCGCAGUUCUCAGAGAAACACAGCAGGUCUCAGAGAAACACCGCAGGUCUCAGAGAAACAUUGCAGAUCUAAGAGAAACACCGCAGUUCUCAGAGAAACACAGCAGGUCUCAGAGAAACACCGCAGGUCUCAGAGAAACACCGCAGGUCUCUUUCCGACCAGUAACCCUCAGAGAAACACUGCAGGUCUCAGAGAAACACCGCAGGUCUCUCUCCGACCAGCAACCCUCAGAGAAACACCGCAGGUCUCAGAGAAACACAGCAGGUAUCAGAGAAACACAGCAGGUCUCAGAGAAACACCGCAGGUCUCAGAGAAACACCGCAGGUCUCAGAGAAACACCGCAGGUCUCAGAGAAACACCGCAGGUCUCUCUCCGACCAGCAACCCUCAGAGAAACACCACAGGUCCCUCUCCGACCAGUCUCUCUCCGACCAGCAACCCUCAGAGAAACACCGCAGGUCUCUCUCCGACCAGCAACCCUCAGAGAAACACCGCAGGUCUCUCUCCGACCAGCAACCCUCAGAGAAACACCGCAGGUCUCUCUCCGACCAGCAACCCUCAGAGAAACACCGCAGGUCUCUCUCCGACCAGCAACCCUCAGAGAAACACCGCAGGUCUCUCUCCGACCAGCAACCCUCAGAGAAACACCGCAGGUCUCUCUCCGACCAGCAACCCUCAGAGAAACACUCGCAGCAACCCUCAGAGAAACACCGCAGGUCUCUCUCCGACCAGCAACCCUCAGAGAAACACCGCAGGUCUCUCUCCAACCAGCAACCCUCAAAGAAACACUGCAGGUCUCUCUCCGACCAGCAACCCUCAGAGAAACACCGCAGGUCUCUCUCCGACCAGCAACCAGGGAUGUUCUCUGUUUAG